ACGCAAAUGUUAACAAUUCUCAAGGAUUUAGCGAUCAGAAAUCAGGAUUGCAGUGUGUUAAUCCAAAUUUUAACGUCUUUGUCUUUUGGGUAAAAGAAAAAAAAGACCAUUCUUCGGCGUUAAUAGGCCGUUUGUUCGUUUUUUUUGUCGUGACCGUCACCGUGCGCUGCCUGGAGGAUCAUCAUAAGACACGAGUCCAGCAUCGGACAUUUCACUCUUAAACACAAAAAAUGAGCAAACACGUCGCUUCAGUGACUUUGAUGCGGCAGUGAUGAGAGUCCUCUGCUGCUGGGACUGCAGCAUCUCUCCCUCCCGUCAUGACUGAUGUCUGUGGGGACACCGCAGCUGACAAUGGCAAGCUAGCAGCUCCAGCAUUUUAUGUUAAGCUAGGAUUUUAUGUGUGAACAUAAAAAAGCUUCUCACGGGAGGGAUUCCUGUUUGCUGGAACAGCACAGUUGUAUUUUUUUUCCCAUUUGUGUCCUAAAACUUGCUCCUCAUUUAGGAUGUAGGCCUGUGAAGUUUCUUCUCUGCCUCAGACUCUUCUAAUCCUCCCUGAUCCAUCCCAAAUUUGGACCUUCAGGUUCAGUAAAGCAUCUUUGACGUGAGCGCAGCCUCGCAGCUCGAGUGUGAAUCAACUGCUGCAAGCAAACGGCAUAAAAAGUGGUAACCUUGCACCGCAUGAAAGCCGAUCUCCAUGACAGAGAUCCAGUAUGGCUGUCACAGUGUAAAAGCAACAGUCAGGUCAGCUGGCUGGCGAGUUGCAAGGUCUGCUUCCUCCAGUGUCACUCUGAAAUGACUUCAUGAAAUAAUGAGGUGCGAAUGUUCAGAUUUGAAAAGCUGUUUCCUCCGUUGGAUUGGGGAUGUUUUCUCUUACAGGUAAGGUGAGCCACAGACGAUCAUGGGAAACAUCUUUGGGAACCUGUUGAAGAGCCUGAUAGGCAAAAAGGAGAUGAGGAUCCUCAUGGUGGGGUUGGAUGCCGCUGGGAAAACCACCAUUCUUUACAAGUUAAAGCUGGGAGAGAUAGUCACUACCAUCCCUACAAUUGGUUUCAAUGUAGAAACUGUGGAGUACAAGAACAUCAGCUUCACUGUUUGGGACGUGGGUGGCCAGGACAAGAUUCGUCCUCUCUGGAGACACUACUUCCAGAACACGCAGGGUUUGAUCUUCGUGGUGGAUAGCAAUGACCGUGAGCGGGUCAACGAAGCUCGGGAGGAACUGAUGAGGAUGUUGGCCGAGGACGAGCUGCGAGAUGCGGUUCUUCUUGUCUUUGCCAACAAACAGGACCUCCCCAAUGCCAUGAACGCUGCGGAGAUCACAGACAAGUUGGGUCUACACUCCUUACGUCAUCGCAACUGGUACAUUCAGGCCACCUGCGCCACCAGCGGCGAUGGUCUCUACGAAGGCCUGGAUUGGCUGGCCAAUCAGCUGAAAAACAAAAAGUGAGGCACCUGAACAGUAAAAAGGGGAAGAGCCUGGGUCCAGCUCCAGGUAGUGUUUUUAGUGGGUCUAAUGUGUUUACAUAGAGAGACAAUGCAGAAAAGCUCCCAGGGGGUGUUUCUCAAAGGCUGUUCUCCCCAAUAAACCUUUUUUAAUUUAUUUUCCUUGCAUAUUAAGAAUUGUUUGGAACUGUGGUGAACAUUUUUAAUCAUUUGUAAACCAGUGGUGUCCGACUUGACCUCAGUGAUUUCCACUUGAAAGUGAACACAGACUAAAUACUGAAUAUGAUUAGCUCAUACUUUAUUUAGAUAUAUUUUUAUUUAUUGAGUCGGUUUUAAGAAAAGGAAAAAAAGGUUCUGGUGAAAUGUAUUUAUUUAUUUAUUUAUUCAUGAAUUUUCAUUCUGUGAGUGUAUAAUGGAACUUAAAUACAUUAAACUGCAGUUUCCAUUUAAUGUUGCUGCUUAAAGACGAGAGAAAAAUAAAAAAAAAUCAUUAAGAAGCCCAAACACGACUGUGCAUCAGUGCUGCACGGAGACAUCUCCACAGAGCUGCUGCUGUAGAUAAAGGUUUGUUUUUAUUCCACUCACCUGUGUCUGUAAGGGUUAAAACCAAACUGGCAUCAGCGGAGUGGGACAUCCAAACUAACACAGACGACAGGACAGACAGACAGGCAGGCAGGCAUACUCUACUCUGUGGAUCGCGACGCAGCACAACGUGCAUCUGGUCGUUUUCCAGCUCACACAGCUUUGAGCGUUGAUUGUUUCAGAUUAGUUCUGUGCUGUUCUUCCUCCAUCAGAGCUUACCGGUACUUCUCAUCCUGAUCUAUUCAUUUCGAAUGAGCCUGACUUUACACUUGCUUCUCAUGUUACCCAAAUCUCCAUGCAUCACGUUGCACAAAGUAACUUACUGUAGUAAAAACGUGCGUCUUUCUGUGAGCCGUUUCUUCAUCUUCUCAUUGAUUUUGAAUGUUGCUGACUUGACCCGACAGUUCCGCAGAGUUUCUGUACUUAGAUAAGAAAACGUGAGAGGGGGAGGAUAAUAGUUCUGCAUCAUACGGCAUGUUAAUACUGUACAAGAGCUGUAAUGAAAGCGAAAAAUACUGCAAUAGCCUGUUUCCUGAGACUAUAUUUGUAAGUCUGAAUUGCUGCUGCUGGUUGGAUCAAUGCUGUACUAAUAAAUGUCAAGGGUUAUGUGCAAAAGUUUACAGAACAACCUCCCAAUAUGCAAAAGCAUGCUUUUCUAUGUCAGCGCAGCUGUAAAUAUCUAUAUCUACAUCUUCAUGUAAUAGAAGUAUACCAUGGUACUGUUUGACCUUACUGUAGCCGGUGGGGUCAGUGUGUUGGCAGAGAACUGACAGCAGCUUGUGUGUAUGUGAUGUAUUACCUAUCACGUUCAGUUUGGUGUGAAAAUCAGUUUUGUGGCCUUAUUUUGCCGGUGGUUCUUUUUCUCUUAGAUACCAGGUUUGUUUGUAGGAAUGUCUCACCUAUGAUCCGUGACAGUUUCAUGGAAGGAAAUCUUGUUUUGACUGAUUGUUGACUGACAGGAAUUGGCAAGCGACGAAAAAACAAAGCUGCUCACCAUUCCAAGAAAGGAUGUGGGUUUUUUUUUCUCCGUAAGCUGUCAAAUAAUGUAACUAAUUCCAAUGAGAAAUUAGAAAAUUAUUAAUAUAUUAGGAGUGGGAAGGAGAAGUCGCCCAGACUGGGUGAGUGUUGAAUUAUAUGGUGAUAUCUGGCACUUCAUUGAUCAAUAAAAGGUCAAAAAAUC